UUGGUAAUUGUGGCGUAGUGACGAGUUGAAGAAGGCAGGUGUAUUGCAGGUUUUGAUUUACUAGUCUUAUUUUUUUUUUUUUUUACUUACCGGAAUGUGUUUUGGGGAGGGUGGUCUGGACUGACCGGAUGGACAUCUUCAGAGGGGGGGCUUUGAAGGAAAUGUGGCGCUUUAACCGACAAACAAUAGUGCUCUUGAAAAUCGCAUGACCUCAAGUCAUAUUUGUACCAUCUCUGUUAAGCCACGAGAGAAAGAGGGGCUUCGUAAAUGGUUCCAGUUUUUUUUAACAACCUCACAAGGCCGAGAACCCGUGACUGAAUAAUUGCCGAAUCUGCGCUGCUGGCUUCACUCCCAAGUGGUCCAUUUGCAGGUCAUUACGCCAACAGAGAUCGGAUGUUUGGACUUGAUGACAUCAAUUGACUUGCGACACAGAUAGUCACGUGUGACAGUAUUUUAUCAUUCUAACUCCUGGAUCCAUUCUGUCUAUUGGCCAUGGAGACUGAGCUGAGGACUGUAGUAUUGGCCGAAGGACCGUGCAAACGAGGCUUAUAAAAAGGAUACCAUCGUGGUUGGUCAUCGUGUGUAGAGUGGAGCCUCAUCAGCUCCCUUGGCUUCUCAAGCAUGGCUCUCCUGGCCUACAUCAAGAGCCUGUUCAUACUUCAAUUGUUGAUGGGCUUUGUAUUUGUUGUGAGCGGCCUCAUCAUAAACUUCAUCCAGCUGUGCACGUGCGUCAUCUGGCCAUUCAACAAGCAGCUCUAUCGCAGAAUCAACUGCCGCCUCGCGUACUCUCUCUGGAGCCAGCUGGUGAUGCUGCUGGAGUGGUGGUCCGGCACAGAAUGCACCCUGUACACGGAUCAGGCUACGGUGGACAAAUUUGGCAAAGAACAUGUCAUCAUCAUUCUCAACCACAACUAUGAGAUCGACUUCCUGUGUGGCUGGACCAUGUGUGAAAGAUACGGUGUCCUGGGGAGUUCAAAAGUCCUAGCCAAACAUGAGCUGCUGAAGGUUCCACUAAUUGGCUGGACCUGGUACUUCUUAGAAAUAGUUUUUUGCAAGAGAAAGUGGGAGGAGGACCGCAAAACUGUCUUCAGUGCACUUGACAGGCUUAAAGACUAUCCUGAACAUAUGUGGUUCCUGCUUUAUUGUGAAGGUACCCGCUUUACAGAGAAGAAGCACCAGAUAAGCAUGCAGGUUGCAGAGAGUAAAGGCCUGCCCAAGCUCAAAUAUCACCUUCUGCCACGUACCAAGGGGUUCACCACCACGCUGAAGUGUCUCAAGGGCACAGUGACCGCCGUUUAUGACGUGACACUCAACUUCAAAGAUAAGCAGACGCCAACUCUCCUGGGCAUCGUCAAUGGCAAGAAAUACAAAGCUGACAUGAGCAUAAGACGCUUCCCAGUGGAAGAGAUCCCAGAUGAUGAGGCCAAGUGUGCCAACUGGCUGCAUAAGCUCUACCAGGAGAAGGAUGCCUUACAGGAGACAUACAGCAAUCAAGGCAAAUUCCCGGGGCCCACAAUCAUCCCUCCUCGUCGACCGUGGACGCUUCUCAACUUCCUAUUCUGGGCCACGCUGCUGCUCUCGCCACUUAUCAAUUUUGCGUACGGAGUGGCGGUCAGCGGCUCUCCACUUCUCAUCAUUGGCUUCAUCAUCUUCCUCAUUAUAGCCUCCAUUGCGAUUCGCCGCCUGAUCGGUGUCACCGAGGUCAAAAAGACGGGCUCCAGUUACGGCGACCAGGAGACCAAGAAACAAAACUAAAGGCGCGUCACCUCGGCCCGACUCCGCUAUCCCUUCCACUGUCCAAUCGGUCGCUAGGUCGGUGAGGAGACCACAAUAGAGAGCAGUCUUAGACAUACUAAUGAGUAAGAGCACUGGAGGUCCACAAAACAUGAGGAGGGGGGGGGGGGGGGGGGGGGGGGGAGUGUGGUACUGCAUCUCAAGCCAACUAGUGACCCACUUUCCACAGCCAAACCCCGUUAAUCCCGGCGAUCUUAAACCUCUCACCUCCUAACCUACUUGCGGUCACAUGGAAGACCGCAAACUUAGCCCGCGUCCUGCUUUGCACUACCUCCCCCCCAACCCCACUUCCUGUCUGUCGGCAAUUAGGGAGUGGCAGCGUAGUCUUGGUCAGAAAAGGGCCCCCCUCCCCACACUUCACGCACCUGUUUUCCUUCUUUAAAGCACUACUUCAACCAUGGAAACCGUUCACCUUCAGCCAUUGAGUCAUGCACAUAGAUACAGAAAUGUAUGAACCGCCCCCAACCCGCACCUUAUUUUCUGGAGGCUAAUUUUGCAGUGAUCUCUUAAUUUUGCAGUGAUCUCUUAAUUUUUCCCAGAGCUGUACUUCCUGCCCCCCCGCCCCCACCAACAUUAUAUUAUUAUUUUUUUAUUUUUUAUUUUUUUUUAAUAUAGACAACUCCCCUUGCCCCUCAAACACUGCAGCUUGUCAGAUGGCAGCCACAACAGGUGAAGUCAUGGGGGUGUUGUGCUGCCAGAUUCCAGACAAAAAGUCACCAGCUGUUGCCUCGAAGCCUCACCCACGCAGCUGUUGACAUAAUAUUUGGUGGCCACAUAUAGACUGUAGUAGUGAUAAGUUAACCUUUGCCUUAAUUCAAGCUUGCUCAGGCAAGGUGCCGGCGUCCUCCCUCCACCACUUCCGACCAUGUCAAACAAUGACUCACUGAACAUUGCAACAUGUCCUGCUAACCUGUCGUGAGUAACACGAAGCUGCUUAGACGUGGCAAACCAGGGAAAUUAAGUUUAGUAACCACAUUUCACCGUUUGUUGUUCUUUUCCGAGUGAAAUCCCAGCUGCUGCUGUACAUAGUGUGCUAACUUUUCCCCAAGCACGUUACAUAUUCCGCUCACUUUCACGUCCCCCAUGUAGCGUCCAUCCAAACCUUUCUUUCGUUUCGUCCACCCUGCGUACUUCCUCUUGCGACAGAAUUAUCUCCACCUGUACAGAUUUCUUGCCAGCCUUAAAACUCGACACUGCUGUAUCUGAUUUAUUUCUGUUGAAUGACAAGCUGACUGAGCUCCUGGUUGCACUCAAUGGCAUACUUGUGAAAACUGGUAGACUUGUGAAAGCUGGUGUACGUUUGCAGCCACUGGUAUAUUUGUUAAAACUGCUAUACCUCCUAUCACUGGCAUACUUGUGAAAACUGGUAUACUCACACUCACUGGUAUCCUGUGGAAACUUGGUAUAUUCACACUUACUGGUAUACUUGUGAAAACAAGCUUACUUGUCCUGGCUGGUUUACGUGUGAAAACUGGUGAGUGCACUCAUGCAAACUGAUAUGCUCGUACUCACUGGUAUAUUUGUGACAGCUGGUAUACUUGCUCUCACUGGCUUGUGAAAACUGGUAUAUUCGCACUCACUGGUAUACUUGUGAAAACGAGUAUACUUUUGAAAGACGGUAUACUUGCACUCACUGGUAUACUUGUACUCGCCUGUAUACAGUAUUUGUGAAAACUGGUAUACUUAUGAAAAGCUUUAGUUGCUCAUCUGGUCACCUUUUGCUUGAAUCGAGCAGACUGGCCACAGUUUAUGGUGCAAUUCUAUCACAAGAGAAGGGACGCAGGUAUUUGACACUGGAAUUUUUUAGUCAGUCAAUAAAAAUGACUUGCUUUUAUUUUCUUCUGAAAACACUGGCAUAUUAAGAAAAUGAAAAUCACUCAUCCUCACGCGUUGUCAUCCGCUUCUUGGUUUGUUUGUUUGUUUCCGAGGCUGUUUUUGUUUUGUUUUGUUUUGUUUUUUGGUCCGUCACCAACACCUCCUCACCUGUUAUUAAAAACUUUAAUCACCAA